GGACAUCAAGUUGAUCGACUACUGUGUUGAAGAAUUAUUACGAAACUAUUACGAUAUGUUGUCUUACUUUGUCCUCAUAUUUUCCCAAUCCUGUCCACCUGCAAGCUUUGCAGUUUUGUAGUCCAAUACUACUUUUAAAAGUAGCGCAGUUUUUUUAUCAGUCCACGAAAAUUUACCCCUUUUAGGAAGUUCUGAAAAUGUCAAAUGUGCGCCAAUAUUCGAAAAGCGCAUGCGCGUUAGCAAUAAGCAUAAGUAUCCGGAUACUUUUGGAUCCGAUCUGGUCCAGGUCUCGUGUAAACGGGGUCUAUUGAUUAUUAGAAGUGCAGCUCAUAACCAAAGGGAGGUGGUAUUUUUCUAGUAAAGUGUUAUGAAUAGAAUCAAGGGAACGUAUAUGAAAAUUUUCUCAAAAAACAACGACUAGAAGAAGAAAUAGGACAAUUUUAAGCAAUAGCUAAGGAGGCUCGACCUCCUCUGUAACUUUGCCUUGGUCAAAAACAUUUUUAUCAGCAGAAUACUUAAUGUGAGGUUUCGAUAUCAUCACGCGAUAUUUAUAAGUAAAAGAGCUUCGGGUAAUUUCACUAUUAAGGGCGCCAUUGAAUUUCAAAAGGACACAUAAAAUAUAUAUCACUAUUGAUUUUUAGAUUGUGCAAAUAUGAAGAAGUCGUAGUCAAAGCACAGACGAGCACUAUUGUAUCAUUUGUCAAGAAUCAAUCAAUUUGGUACUAAAUCAAGUUUUGUUUUACCAAAUAUACUAUAAGAACUGUGAAUGCUUUUUGUUUAAAUUCGUUAAUCAUUAUCCCGUUAAGUAAUUUUUAUUGAAUUUGAAUCAAUUUUGUUUAGCGUAUUUAUUUCAGGGCUUAAUUUCAGCAAUUUUUGACUUGCUAAGUGAAGUGUUGUUACUGUCUUUAUCUUGCUUAUACCCUGCUAAAAACCCUUCGCGUUUUCUUCGAAGCAAAGGAUACGAAAUACUUGCUUCAAACAUGGCCUUUUAUCUCCUGUUAUGACGACUUGGAUGAAACCAUAGUAGCUUGUACUUUUGUUUAGGAUACUUGUCUCUGAUUCAAACAGAUAGCUUUUAAUACCCCACACCCCAGAGACAAACAUGUUACAUUGUUAAACACUACAGCGCGUUUAUCAUUGUGCAGAUACAACUGGCUAAAAAGGUUACAACAGCAUCGUGUUUACUUCUUUUCUAAUAUUUUCAUUUAAAAUCUCUCUACCUUGCGCUGCAGUUCGGUAACAAUUCCGAAACAUACUCUGGCAAAUGACACCAUGGUCACAAGAUAAUGUAACCUCAUAAACGAUGGAAAAUAGGGAAAAAGACGCAAACGCAUAUGACCAUCUCAUCCCGAUGCCCCUAUGAAACCCUAAUACUCAAAUGUUGAAAACAUCUGUCGUUAUGUUUCAAAUGCAUAUGGCCGUUGAAGUUGAACUCUACCAUGAAAUUUGCCUGCCAACCAAUUGUUUUGUUUCUACUUCGAGACAAGCAGCACAAUGUGUUUCUAUACAAUAGAAAACACGAGGCCAAUGGGUACCCUGGGCUUUGAAGGAACAUCAGCACAUACCCUCAGGAGAGCACUAGAAAUAGUUGUCUUUGUUAUGUCAGUCGUUGCGCCGCACAUUCGACGUAAGCAAGCUUGGAUUUUAGAAAUCAUUCUGUUCUUCAAAGGAUAUCUCAAGAUUUCAGAUCGAGUUGAGUCAAACUCUGAAGGCAGCAAUAGAACACGCCACUGAUUUAUUGCGACAAAUGGUACUGAUUUUACCCAUAAUGAUCAGACUUUUAUCAGUGUAGCCAUAGCGACUCAGAAACAAACACAAAGUCAUUCUAUUAUUAAUUAAUAGCAACUUUUGUUUCGCUCCUCCUUCGGACAAUUCAUUUGAGAGACUGUGAAAGACGAGAGGAUCAUUAGUUCAUGGAGCGGCCAUACAAGAUUUGCUGGCAAAUUUGACUCCAAAGAAGAUUGUGAACAGUUGAGAAAAUAAGAAUAGAAAAAGAGUAACGACGAAUGUUUUUUGAUCAAAAGUCAUGAAAGAAUUACUAGGCCUUUCGUUGCUUCUUUUAAUCUGGGGCCUUGAAGUUUCAUGCAGCCACAAAUGUACAAAUGAACAAGGGUGUUGUGUUGAAACACUUAAUCUUGCGGCUACAUGCAGAGAUGCCGAAAUUCACUGUGCAAGAUGGCAAAACGAAACAGAGAAAAAUGGUUUUCCACUUCCUGACUCUGUACGAAGAAUGAGUCCUUGGGAUGUUACGUGUUCACUAGAAGAAUAUUUCUGCCCAUUGACGUUUCAAUGUAUAAACAAGACCGAUUCGUGUACAUUUAACACGACAUACGUGGGUGACUGUUAUGGAAACAGCUCAACCCCAUGGGGUACACCAUGCCCUGCAAACCACACAUAUUGCCCGCUAUUGGCAUCUUGUAUCCCAGCUGGCUAUCCAUGCUCGUUGCAAGAGCUGAGCAACUACUUACAAGACAACACGUUAGCUUAUUUUGGUGUUUCAUGCCAACAAGAUGAAAUAUUCUGUCCUGGUACGCAGAGCUGCAUCCUCAACACAACUGUCUGUGACUACAAUUCGUCAUUGUCUGUUUUGAAUAUCACGUGUCCUGGCAAUGAAACAUAUUGUGUUGAUGAACGCAAGUGCGUGUCUGGAUCAUGCUCAAUGCCAAAUUUGCCAGUAUUCAAUUUUAAUGACAGUAAUACUGGUUGGAUGCAAUUUUGUACUAAUUUCAAGUACAUAUGUCCAAAGAUUCUUUCCGUUGAAAACAAUUGCAAACCCCUUGUCGGUGCGAGUCCUAUAUGCGACCCAAAAUGCGGGCGGUCUCCGUUUCAAAACUGUCACUGUCCGCCUGGUCGUUAUAAGUGCAACAUGAAGUCAGCUUGUUACAAUGAAACAGCGCCAUGUGUUGAGCCUCCAACAGCAUCCGUUUGUCCGUCUAUUUACGUUUCACCAUCGACAGUCUUCUGGGAUCCUAGUUCUUCUGUCGAUCAGUCAUCGAUGUUUGUCAAUGAAUCGGUGUACGUGCAGCCGAGUCCUUCUCCCAAUGAGUCGUUGUCAGUUUUGCCUUCAUCGUCAAUUUACGCUACAAGUGCACCCUCUGUUUGCAAUUACACAUGCAAAGCAGGAUUUGUUUAUUGCCACUCGUUGGCAGCUUGUGUCAUGGAAGGCUACAACCAUUGCGGAAAGGUUCAUCCGUAUUGCCAAAGAAAUCACCUUUACUGUGCGUCGCAAGGCAAGUGUGUGAAAGUCCAAGAAGGAUGUCCCUCGGUCACUAUUACAGUAGACCUGUCUUCGACAUAUGACAUCAUCCAAACGGUUUUUAAUAUUUCUAGCUCUUACGAGCCAUCUUUGUCGUACUUCCAAAGCGAAACUGCUUUUGUCGAUUUCUCGACAUCAAUACCACCAAUAUUUGUAUCAUCAGAAGCAAUUUCAUUGGAAGUAUCAGCGUCGUCACAACAGUCGAUAAUAUCGAUGUCCCCGACCUCAGAAUAUUCCUCGCCAUUGAUGACACCUUCAGCUUUCACCUCAGCACAGUCCUCACCAGAAUCAUCGCUGUCAUCACUUGUGACAUCAGAAGUUUCCUCCUUAUUAGAGCCCACGUCAGAAUCAUCCUCGUCAUCAUUGGUGGCAUCAGUAGUUUCCUCCUCAUCACAGCCCAAGUCAGCACCAUCCUCGUCAUCAUUGGUGGAAUCAGUAGUUUCCUCCUCAUCACAGCACACGUCAGCAUUAUCCUCGUCAUCAUUGGUUGCACCAACAGUUUCUUUCUCAGCACCACCUACCUUAGCAUCGUCAAAGUCAUCACAGAUGACAUAUGAAGUUCUCUCCUCAUUAGAGCUUGUGUCGGAAUCAUCCUCGUCAUCGUUGGAGACAUCAGAAACUUCCUCCUCAUCACAUCCCACGUCAGAAUCAUCCUCGUCAUCAUUGGUGGCAUCAGUAGUUUCCUCCUCAUCACAGCCCAAGUCAGCACCAUCCUCGUCAUCAUUGGUGGAAUCAGUAGUUUCCUCCUCAUCACAGCACACGUCAGCAUUAUCCUCGUCAUCAUUGGUUGCACCAACAGUUUCUUUCUCAGCACCACCUACCUUAGCAUCGUCAAAGUCAUCACAGAUGACAUAUGAAGUUCUCUCCUCAUUAGAGCUUGUGUCGGAAUCAUCCUCGCCAUCGUUGGAGACAUCAGAAACUUCCUCCUCAUCACAUCCCACGUCAGCAUCAUCCUCGUCAUCGUUGGAGACAUCAGAAGUUUCCUCCUUAUUAGAGCCCACGUCAGAAUCAUCCUCGUCAUCAUUGGUGGCAUCAGUAGUUUCCUCCUCAUCACAGCACACGUCAGCAUUAUCCUCGUCAUCAUUGGUUGCACCAACAGUUUCUUUCUCAGCACCACCUACCUUAGCAUCGUCAAAGUCAUCACAGAUGACAUAUGAAGUUCUCUCCUCAUUAGAGAUUGUGUCGGAAUCAUCCUCGCCAUCGUUGGAGACAUCAGAAACUUCCUCCUCAUCACAUCCCACGUCAGCAUCAACCUCGUCAUCGUUGGAGACAUCAGAAGUUUCCUCCUUAUUAGAGCCCACGUCAGCAUCAUCCUCGUCAUCAUUGGUGGCAUCAGUAGUUUCCUCCUCAUCACAGCACACGUCAGCAUUAUCCUCGUCAUCAUUGGUUGCACCAACAGUUUCUUUCUCAGCACCACCUACCUUAGCAUCGUCAAAGUCAUCACAGAUGACAUAUGAAGUUCUCUCCUCAUUAGAGCUUGUGUCGGAAUCAUCCUCGCCAUCGUUGGAGACAUCAGAAACUUCCUCCUCAUUACAGCCCAUGUCAGCAUCAUCAUUGAUGACAUCAGUAGUUUCCUCCUCAACUCAGCCCAAGUCAGCAUCAUCCUCGUCAUCAUUGGUGGCAUCAGUAGUUUUCUCCUUAUCACAGUCCGCGUCAGAAUCACCCUUGUCGACGUUGGAGACACCAGAAAGUUCCUCCUCCUUACAGCUCACGUCAGCAUCAUCAUUGUUGGCAUCAGUAGUUUCCUCCUCAUCACAGCCCAAGUCAGCUUCAUCCUCGCCAUCGCUGGAGACAUCAGAAGUUUCCUCCUUAUUAGAGCCCACGUCAGCAUCAUCCUCGUCAUCAUUGGUGGCAUCAGCAGUUUUUUCCUCAGCGCAGCCCACAUUAGCAUCGUCAACGUCAUCAUUGCUGACAUCAGCAGUCCCAUCUUCGCCAAACUCGACAUUAGUGACAUCCUCAUCUCCACUCGUUGCAUCUCAUGUUAUAUGUCAACUUGUGAAAAGCAAACCAACUACAAGGCCUUUGUUUGACAUGGAGCCACCACUACAUAUGUCAAAGAAGAUUGCAAUCAUAGGAGCAAAUCUGAAUGCGACCUGGUCUGCGUUUUACAAUUCAGCCUGGCAUAUUGUAUCGAACUUCUCGGCAACUAACGCCUUAGUACUGGGUCAUACCGACAAAUUGCAUGUUCACCCACGAAUUACAUAUCAUGGCGAAAUUCCUGUUGUGGUGGCAGAGGUGCCAUCAAGCUUUGCGUCAGGGUCUCGUAUCAACGUGACCACUGGAUAUCGCAUUUACCAUUUAGUGAUCUUGCUUAUGCCGCAUUUACCAUUGGCAAAGUUCUCUAGUACGUUGAUAAAGACUCUCCAAUACAAUAAGGCAUAUGAUGUCCGAUUCCCGAUUAGUGCCAUUGUUAGAGUGGAUAAGCCUAACCUGCAAGUUAAAUUGAAUCUCAUUGAUCACCUGAGGGAUAACUCGCUCUGUAUCGGAAACUACAUAGCUCUCGUUGCCAACAUCAGUAGAUGUAGCCCAUUUGUGGAGCUGAAUAUUCAAGGCUCUAACCUCAAGACUGACUCGACCGGAAUAAUUGCCUUUUCUACUGAUCAGACAUUGACUAAGAUAUCAAUGAGAACUGGCUAUAACUGUCCAACACGUACUGUGUACACAUCGAAUGAAACACAGGUGAUCAUCGACUUGAGGAAGUGCCCUCCGGAAUCCAUUCGAAUGCCUCAUAUCCCAUAUGGAUCCAGCAUGAUCGCAGAGGGAACUUUAAUAACUAGUCUUUCUGGUUUUGAGUCUGGAAAACUUGGCAUGGCAGUCGUAUUUGCUCCUAGCAGUUCAAAUAUAGGAUAUUACGAAUACCAAAAUUAUCCGAAUGGACCCUGGCAUAAGAUUGAACUUAAAACCUUUCCAGUAGUCAAAGCAAACAAUGAUGUGCCUGCAUUAUUUCUCAAUGAAACAACAAGGAUUCGCUUCAACCCUGCCAACAUUUCUGGAUCGACGUGGACAGAGCUAGAAGCAAGGAAAAAUGCCUCUCUGCGGGCAGUUGGCUGGGAUAUGUCAGAUACCAAGGAGAGCGGAAUGCGGACAGUCAGAAUUGGUCAAAGUGCUGCAGGAUAUUGUUCCGAUUAUAAGAGAUUUACAUGUUGCAUGUCCUUUGUGCUUACUCAAAUGAAGAUAAGUGGUUGUGACAAACAGCCAGGCUCAAAGAUGAAAUUGAACAGCUGUGGAGAAUGCUCCUCAGUGGAGAAUGAUAUUUACAAGCGAUGCAAUGACUGCCAUGCUGUUAUUGAUGAUUGCAACAAGUGUACAAAUGGAUCUACGGGUUUAGCCAAAAAUUACAUGCAGGACUGCGCAGGACAAUGUGGCGAGUUCUACACAGAUUCGUGUGGCAACUGCAUCAACAAAGCUAAUCCCAAGAACUUCACUGACUGUACUGGGUCGUGUAAUGGAACUGCUGCUAUCAAUAAAUGCGGACAUUGUGUUGGGGGGACUACUGGCUUGCCUCUGAAUCACGGCAUUGACCCGUGCGGCACUUGCAAAAACGAUAGCAGCUCUUGCGCUGACUGUGCUGGAGUACCGAAUGGCGGAAAAAAACGUGACCUUUGUAACCUAUGCCGUUUGCCCACUGACGCUAUUUUCAACACUGAAUGUAGGAGACUUGGCCGAUGCAAUGUGACUGUUUUGCCGAAUGAUGCUCAAUAUGCAAUUGGCUGCAACGGUGCUGGAAUCGACGUAUUUAUAAGUGUCACUUGCAAGCUUGUAUCUUCCUCUCAAAAUAUUGAUGCUGCUGAACCAAAGCUUGAAAAGUUCAACACGAAAGUCAUUGGAGUAUCACUCAAACUGCCAUCUUCUGUCGCUGUGGGUGAUUAUAAAGUCAGAUGUACUUUCCCUGCACAAGAUCCAGUACCACAAUUCACAGACGACUCUAAGAACAGCAUUUACAUUUAUUCCAAAUCUGGAAUAACCUACGCCGAAAGAACGCCUGUGGAACACGAAGUUGGCUUUCCAUUCGAUCUCACAAUAACAGGGAGUGGAUUUUUCAACUCAAGCUACUUGAAGUGUAUAACACAGGACGGUCGGCACCUCAACGCAACCUUUGUCAGUUCAACUACUGUCAAAUGCCAUAUCCCCGCAAUAAGAAGAUCAAUUAACUUGUCUCUCACACUGUCUUGGUCACCAGUGGAUAGAGUAUUCAACAAGGCCAAACACGUUAAUGUUAGUCUAUUUUCUUACGCUGCUAACAUUACUAGUGCUAAAUUUCAAGAUAACCUUGGCUUCAUUGAUAUAAUUCUAGACAGGGCAUCAAAGCCUGUAGACAUUUCCAGCACAUGCUCCAGCUUCUUUUCUGACAUAUCAACGCUCGGCACUGGAGCAAUAUGCAAGUUCAGUGGCCUUAGAAGAUUUACAAUCAAGUUGGGAAAACAAGCAACAAUCAAACCUAAUGAUACGUUAAUCUUCAAAAGUGCAAGCAUCAAAGAUUUCCAUGGUGAUGUGACAAAAUACACUGUUGCUACUCAAUCUGUAUUUAUUGCCAGCCCAGUCAAUGUGGUUUAUCCAGAGGCAGUGCUCACAACAUCAUCAGAAGUUGCUAAUUGUGCUGGAAUCAAGCUGGUAGGACGACAGUCUUCGGGAGGUGGAGGUCGUCCAUUGGAGUUUUAUUGGAGCCUUAGCGUCAACAACGAUGUUAAUUCGUCGCAUCCAGACCUCGUCGAUUACCGUAACUUGCUCAGCGCCUUGCCAACUACUGCCCGGGUGGUUACACUCCCAAAAAAAGCCGGACUGGUGAAUAUCCCAAUCACCUUCAAACUGACAGUCAAAAACUUCUUAGGAAUGCAAGGUCAUGAUUCGAAAAUUGUCACAAGGGCAAGCAGAAUCAAGCCAUCAUUACAUGUGGGAAAGACAAAAAGGACAAACAUUAUUUCCGAAGUUCUGCUAAUUGGAGCGCAAGCGACGAUUGAUGCCAGCUGUGGCGUAGAAAGCAAAAUCUUGUACAAUUGGUACAGUAUCAAUGGAUCAACGAUUAGUCUUCCUAACGCAAGGAACCUUUAUCUUCCACCUAGGACCAUGAAACCUGGUUUGAGAUAUCAAUUCACUGUUACUGCCGCCUUGGCCACGGACCCCGACUCCACAGCGACUGCAACAAUAACUAUUCUUACUGUUGCAUCACCCCUUGUACCGCGUCUUAUAAUGCCCUCUUCCGUUGGCAUCAACGACAUUGUGGUGUUCGAUCUUUCUAAAUCAUCUGACCCUGAUCAAACGGCAGAAACCCAACACUGUCAGAUAGAAUUCAAAAUUGGCACAGCAUCAGUUUACCGUAAAGUAGAUGGCACAUUUAAGCCAGUGAUAUAUACUGGGUGUAUACGUCACAAGGUUCAGAUUAACACCUUCCUUGAAGGCGAUAAAAACUAUACUGUGGUGCUUACAUACAAGAAAGGUCUACGGGUUGCAAUAUCGAGCAAAAGAUUGAAAACUGAGAAAAAAAGUCGACCCUUGGUUUACCUCGAAACGAGCAGUACAAAGAAGGUCCCUACUUCUGUGUUGUUUUCUAUCGAGGCGAAAAUCGUUGCCAUAGAUUUUUCGGGAGAUAUCAACUACUACUGGCACUGUCAAGAGUGUGCUGGGUUUGAUUUAGAGGCGUCGAAAGUUAAGAAAAGCGAAACCAAAGCGACCAAAAAAUUAAAAAUAGGGGCCACAAUUGAUGCUACACUCGCCAUCGCAGCAUUCAAGCUGCCGCCAGGAGCAACGCUUUCCUUCAUCCUUACCGCUUGUGGCAAGGUAGGAGAUUCAACGGUAUGCGGCUCAGCGGUCCAGAACAUCACAACCAGUUCACCGCCUUCGUCUUGUGUUUUUGCAGUCAGCCCUAGCAGUGGUAUUGCUUUUCAAACACUGUUCACAUUUGAAGCUUCAUACUGCAAUGAUGAUGCUCCGGACAAGCCUUUGAAAUACAUUUUUGGUUUCCUUGACGAAAGUGGUAAGGAAAAUGCAAUAAAUGAUGCUGGAGAAGAUAGUCAGUUAUCAGAUGUUAGGUCCAGGUCAGGAAUACUGACUGCAUAUGUCAAGGUGAUGGACAAAAACGGGGACAGUGUACGUCUUGAGUUCACAAUCAACGUCAGCAAGCGUGCAAUCCCGCCCUCUGAGGUCACAGCACAGGUUUCAAUCAUAGCUGACACAGCAUCUAUUGACAUCACUGUUGCAGCAUACCAAAUAACGAUUCUGAUCGAAUCAAGUGAUGUAAUCGCUGAUGAAAACAGUGAGGAAGCCGAAGAAAAACGACAAGUUCAAUCAACCGCUCUUGCAGUGGUUAGUAGAAAUACAAAUGGUGUGAAAACAAGUUCACAGAAGGUGAUCGUCGCAAUUUCAGUUAAAUCCUGUUUCAAGGGAAUGACAAAGAAGAACGCACGCCCGGAAAUGGUUAAGACUAUGUCAAAAAUCUUUGUACAGUUUGUUGUUACCGAAAAGAAAACUUCACGUAGAAGGAGAUCUGUAACACCAGCACCAGUCACACCGAUAACAGUGUCAGAGGCACAAACCUACCUAGAACCAUUCCAUACCCUUGAUCCAGAUAAAACAGAUGAUGACACUCUAACCGCAAAGAAUAACUUUCUCAUCUUCUUGCCCAGCCUCCUCAAAGGCAUGUGCAGAAACUCUCUGUUCAAUGUACCUCCUUCCGUGGCCAAAACUACGACUGCCGUUCUCCAAACUUUCAAAGUUGAUUUUGGUUCAACCGGUAACAGUGAGAUUCAACUGGGAUGCACUGACUGCACGAGUAUGAUUAAAAACGCCUCUUACUUGCAGCUCGGACAGACGCUAAUUGACCGAUAUUCUUCAUUUGUUUGCAACCCUAAUGGUAAAAAUUGCGCAGGAGCUUGUAUUGCAUCCGCUCAGAUGCCGCUGGAUUACCUGUCCACUCCUCCUGUUUCAAAACGUCUCAGUGAUGUUCUUCUCAUUCAACUUUGGAAUCCUGACGAAAUGUAUGCAGCUGAAGAGCUAACUCCUUCGGCACUUGCAAACCCAAUGAUUGUUAAGAUGCCUCUCCAGACUACAACACUGGCUACAUACGUGUGCAAGCUGUGGGAUCCAACAACAAAGACAUGGGAUGAAUCUGGUGCAGUAACACUGUCACAGAUAAUAACUUUAAGUGACACCAGCUACAUUGCAUGCGCCAUACGUCGAACUGGUUACGUCACGGUCUUUGAAGACUACCAUUAGUACCAACAAACCCUGGCUAUCAAGAAUCAGUAUGAGCUCUAGAUGGUUGCUAUGUGAACAAGAAAUCAACCACUUUCACGUGAUGAUGUACACACUUCAAAAGCGUGGCUUUUACUGUGUAUAAUGUAAAUGUUGGACAUAACAAGCUUAAUCUGAAUUAACCUGUGUUGGUAAAUUCUAAACAAAGCUUUUCCAGGCUCCCCUUUUCGGAAAAUGCAUUAGCGUAGUGCUCGGCCAUUUUUCUAAAGGUUCCCAUUAUAAAAUGGGUUGUUUCGUAUUUAAAUAUCGUUCUCCAGUUCUUCCAAGGCAGGCAUACGCUGACUUCUUUACCGACCAUUCCAUAAAAAUGCAUUAAAAAUACAUAGAGAGCUUCUUUGAAGAUAAGACCUAUCCAUUAAAGAGACAGACAUAUCAUUACAUCCACUUCUUAUAACGUUAACCUCGAGCCUAGCUAUUCGAUUUAUCUACUAACACAGCAUUGUUGCGAACUAUGCACUUGGUGACAUUGUUACCACUUUUAACUGACGCCAGAACGAAAGUUUUGCAGGUAGAAAAGUAGAGUAACAUGAGUAAAUUACUAGGGGGAUCCUGCACGAACAAAGAAUAGAGGUUUCAAUGUAGAAUUUUCAAUCAAAUGUUGAUAUGCUGUUUCAGCGAGUCAUUAUCAAGGUAGCCUAACAUUUGUGUCAUGACAUACAAUUAUGCUACCGAAAAAGCUGAAAUUAUUCUUCUCUAAAAAGACCUUGAGUUUCUAAGAAACAGUUUUUGUAUUUAUCUUGAUGAACUCAGAACGUUGAAAAAGAUAAAAGCUAUUGGGUCAGGUCUGCUUUUUUAGAGAAUAAAAAGAAAUUUGUUUCGGCUUCAGGUGCAGAAUCUCCAGCUCUUAAUGGGACUCGUAAAGACAUUUAACAUUCAACUUGUAAAUUGUUAUGUCGUUUAAUUUUCAGUUUUACAUCAGUUAUUAUUUUUUGGUUUUUCCAUCCAGUCUAAAUCAUACACAUAGCAACAUCUCGUCUUUUUGUAAAAAUUUGUAUCUUGAUAGGAAGAUGAUCGUGUAGUUUGUUUUAAAAAUUGUGUAUAGGGAAUCUUAACUAUCUAACUGUUGCUUUAUCAUAAGUUUUGUUUAAUUGUAUUGCAACUGUAGGCAUACAUGAGCAUAAAGGGAAUUACGAAAUGAUUUCACUUCUCAACUCCAAACAGCCGAUAAUUGAAGCAAUCUUAAGAAAAAUAUAACCGGCGAGAUAUUGAAGACAUUUUGGAUGCAUGUAACCAAUUCCGUUAAUCUUUUCUCUUAAAAAAGAAGCCUACGCAAGACCAGUGUUUUACCUGAAUUGCUCCAUUUUAUAAAACAUACAAAUCACCUCUUUAUUUCUACUUUGCACAAGACAUUGUGCGCCGAAAUCAUUCCUUUAAUCCCAGAUUUUGUCAUUGAAUUAAACAUCCUUUGAUUUUAUCAAUGCUUUCUGCCCGAAUCAAUUAGAGAAAGAAACACCUUUAAGAUAUCUGUUUGCGAGGGACUUUUUUUCUGUUUAUGAAGAGUAACACUAUUAUAGAAAAUGUUUGUAACAGCUUUGCAAUACAAUUAGCAUAUGUAGUUUUUCUA